AUGCAUUUUCCAGGUCAUGAUGGUAAACCAGGACUGGCUGGUCCUCAAGGUGUUCGGGGAGUGGUAGGAAAUCCCGGUGAACAGGGUCUGCCAGGUCCAGCAGGACCUAUAGGUAUGCCGGGUAAUCCAGGCUCAUGUGCUCACUGUGAAGGUCAAAGAAAAUCUGGUUUGCCACAAGCUGUUGAAGAAGUUCAACAGUACGGUGAAGCUCAGCCUAAUCAAGAAACGUAUCGUCAGAAAAUUCCAGCUACCCAACUGCCAAGUUAUUCAGCCGCUGAACCAGUGGAACCGCCAUCUACUCGUCCACUGCAAACUGUCGAAAAAAAGCAGCAGUACGGUGAAGUUGAACCUAGUCAACAAGCAUAUCAACGGAAAGUUCCAGCUACUCAAUUACCAAGUUAUUCAGCUGCUAAACCAGCAGCAUCGCCACCACCAUCCAUUCCAUCAACUCGCUACAAUAAUGAAUAUUUGUGGAUAUAA